UUCUGUACCAAUUAACGCCGAAUCCGAUACUGUGUAAAGCUUCCACAAUCAUGUCACCAAAAGAGUGAUAAAAAGUUAAGAAAACCACUCGAUAAGGUCUUUCGCUUUCUCUCUCUUCCAUGCAAAGAGGAAGCUAAUCUUAAGAAGAGACGAAGAUUUGCUCGCAAAUGGCAAAGCGAGGGGCAGAGGAGAUAACGAAGGAAGAGGUAAUGGUGGAGAGGGAGGAGGCUCAUCCAUAUGCAUUUCACGUCUCUGGCCCUCGAAAUGUUGCCUCUCCUACCUGGAAAGACCUCAUUUAUUCCAGUUGGAAAGAUGCAAACUACAAGAGAACCGCUAUGUCCUGCUUCAUACAAGCAGUUUACUUACUUGAACUUGACAGACAGGAAAACAGAACAGCAGAAAAUGCCCUGGCUCCAGCAUGGUGGAUGAUCUUCAAAUACAAGCUGGUUCAAACAUUAAUUGAUGAAAGAGAUGGAUCCAUAUUUGGUGCAGUACUAGAAUGGGAUAGACCUGCAGCAUUGGCUGAUUUGGUUCUUAUCAGACCCAGUGGAGCUCCGAAGGCUGUUUUGGCACUUCGAGGGACUUUACUCAAAAGCCCGACUGUCCGAAGAGAUAUUGAAGAUGACCUCCGCUUUCUAGCCUGGGAAAGCCUGAAGGGUUCUGUUAGGUUCAAAGGAGCAUUUGAGGCUUUAAAAUCCAUGGCUGAAAGGUAUGGGAGCCGCAAUGUGUGUGUUGCCGGUCAUUCAUUGGGUGCUGGCUUUGCUCUCCAAGUGGGAAAAGCAUUAGCCAAGGAAGGGCUAUAUGUAGAUGCACAUUUAUUUAACCCUCCUUCUGUUUCACUGGUUAUGAGCUUGAAGAACAUUGGGGAAAAAGCUGGCUUUGCUUGGAAGAAAAUUAAAUCGAUGCUUCCUUCGAGUAGUGAAACUCAGGUCAUAAGUGAUGAUGAGGUGGAGAAGAAUUCUGCUCUCGGGUUAAAGAACUGGUUAUCGAAUCUUUAUGGCGAGAAGUCUCCUGUGCAAUUAAAUAAGUGGGUACCUCAUUUGUAUGUGAACAAUAGCGACUAUAUCUGUUGCUCUUAUAUGGAUACCGAUCAAACAGAAGACAAAAAUGCAGAGAAGGAGAAUAUGGGUCCUGCAAAUGGUGAAGUAGCAGCAAAGCUUUUUGUGAAGUCGAAGGGAAAACAGAAGUUUCUCGAGGCUCAUGGGUUAGAGCAGUGGUGGUCUGACGACUUGGAACUUCAACUAGCUCUCCAUAGCAGUAAGGUGAUGAGCAGGCAGUUGAAGUCCCUGUAUAGCCUCCCAGCUUCUCAAUAAGCACUGGUAAAGCCACAAUGACCAAAGGUUGUUGCUUUCUUUGCUUACCCAAUAAUUUACAAUUGAGAUUUCUCACUACUUUUUUUUUCUUUCUUUCUUUCUGUUGUUUAUAAUAUCUGAAUUUUCUUGUACUCCCUGGUUCUCUAUGUUCUAAUCAGACAUAUUUACUGUUUUGCUUCAAUAUAUAAAGUCAUUCUUUCUGCUUA